AUGGCGGACGCGUCGUCUUCCGACACUACCUCGGACUGCUGCAAUGAGUGUUUCUCUGACAUUACGUCGGAAAAGUCGGAGUACGUCGUCGUGGGACGCAAGCCGUGCCCGUCGCACCGUCGCAGCAAGCGGAACCUCCUGCAGAAGCUGCUGAUACGGGAGAUGAGAGGAUGCCUGUCAGCGCACAAUUACGCCUCGGAGGAGAGACUGUUCGCAACUGUGCCUAAGUGGCGACACUUCCAUCUCCUGCAGAUAAUCCCAAAGUCGGCGCUGGAGGCAGGGCAUAUUGUUAUGGGACUGACGCAGUGUGGCCAGUUCCUGCUCACGUAUACGUACACGUUGGACGUCAGCAGCAACACGUCUUUGUACAAAUACCUGUUGCACUGGUGGGCCUUCACGCCCAACCGUGCGGCUCGCAAAGUCGCCGAAGUCACAUUGUUUGGCAAUUAUACAAUUUAUAGGGAAUUAAGCAUAAUUAUAUCCCAAUGGCCGAUGGAGCGGAACAAGCUUGUAAUUCACGGCCUUUGUACAAAUUUCUUACAUUUGCAACCGACUGAUAGAGCGUAUUUAACUAUAACGACAGUACCGUCUCUCGAGAAUUGCAAAGAUUGCAUGAAAAUUGCUGCAUCGUAUGAGGAAGAGGGCGAAGAGUUGGCCGCGAAUUGGGACGGCUGCGUGCGAUGCAACUGUUUGCAACAUGGCCUUACGGUUCACACGACUUACGAAGUCAUCUCGCCGUACCCGAAGUUUCGCGCCACCGUGUGUCUCAACUAUUGGAACCACGUGGUGGUCAACACGGGAAACUUCCUACAUGUACUCAGGGUAGAUUUAAAUAUACCUAAAUCGAAGAAUCAGAGGUCGUGCGACAAACAGGACAGCGUCAUACACGAUCCCGUGGUUCCGGACACGAUCCCGCUGGACAUGAGCGACGUCGAGGAGACGGACUACUCGACGCGGACGGAGCGGUACGAGAGCUCGGACGAGAAAGUGAGCACGCCGGAAUGCGUCGAUCGAUCUCCCAAGUGCGAGUCCAGCUUGGAGCACGACUUUCUAGACGAGCCAAUUAAGUUAGACGAUAAGCUAGGACGCGAUUUGCCAUUAAAUACCUCAAGCAGUAAUCAAAGCGACUACGUCUGUGAUAUAAAUAGUAAGUCUACCGCUGCGGGCGGCAGUUUAAACGCCAAGUCGUGCGAGUGCUCGGACACGGCUGAAUGCAAGUGCCGGAGCAGCAACAACAACAGCAGCAGCGGCGGCGGCGGCGGCGGCGGCAGCCCCGUCUCGCGGUCGCCGGCCGCCGGCGUCGAGCAGACGGCCAUCUCGGUGCGGGACAAGAUCCUGCAGGACUUCUGCGAGGACACGUCGCAGGAGCUCAAUAUCGGCAGCGAUCUUAUCACACUGGUGAAACACCCGUCGUGCUCGCCGCGCUCGACGCCGCAGAGACUGCCCUCCGAUCUCAGGGCGAUGGCCACGUGGUCGUCGCCGAUACUCACCCCGCCGUCGGACAUCCUGCGCACACGCAAUUCGGAAUCUAGUCACAGAAUCCAGGUUCAGCGUAAUUACAGCGGUAGCAGCCAGCAGCGCCCGAGCUCGCCGCAGCCCGGCGCUUCGCAGGAGGACAACUCCGUGGCUUCCAUAAACUCGCCGUUGCAGUCCGUGUCGAUUAGCCCCUCGUCCUCGUGCUCGUCCCGCCUGAUGUCGCCGCCGGUCGCCCGUUCCUUUCGCUACCCGAGCCCGCGCAAGCGGUCGAAUCUGCACUCGCCGCCGCCCGUGGUGCCGGCGCAGUCGGCGAGAACGACGAGGGCGACGCACAAGCUCAUCCUCGAGGCGGAGAAGGCGUACGAGUUCACCGACGAGGCGCAGGAGACGACCUGCGAGAAGCUCAGCUCGUUCAGGAAGCGCCGGCUCGCCGACAAGAAGUACGAGUUCUGCGACGAGACGGAGGACGCGGAGAACAUAGUUCCUUUCAAGCACAUACGCGACCAGUUCAGGCAUCGCGGCGCCUGCUCCAUACAUCAGAUUCCCUCCUCGCCGGCGAUGUCGCCGGUGCUGCCGAACGGCCGUAGGCACUGGGUCGAUUCGGAUCAGAGCGAACCGGACGAAUUGAAUCUUGCUCAAGAUAUUAGUAUAGCCAGCGACUUGUCGAACGCCGAAUCAGCUGAGAAAAGUGUCCUACGUCCGUUGAAUCAGAAUCAGUUGUCCAACGGGAGCGUGCACAGAGACCGCGUCGGCAAGUGCUGCCCGAAUUUCUCGCCGUUGGUUCCUAGAAAUAACUUGCAGUACCCUCUGAUAAAGUGCACCGCGCGUUUCAAACGGAGCUACAUAGAGCUCGACGAUGAAAUGAUAUCGGUGAUCACAGACGUCGAAGAUGAAGAGACCGGGGGAUACGUAAGUUACCAAUGCGUCCUUCCGAUGCUCGUGCACGGCUCCGGAUACGUUCAAAUGCAGAUGAUCAGCAACAGUAAAGCGGAAAAACUGAUAGUGCCAUGCGUUUCUAUAACACAGUUGAGUUUCGAUAUCGAGACUUUUUCUCACCACAUAGCAGACUGGAUCUGCUCGAGGUUCAAGAAAAAGUAUUGGCACUGCAGCGAUUACGAUAUCGAAAUAAUCGACGUGUGCGCGCUUAGCGGCGACAUAAUAUGUUUGCACAUAAUGAAGAUCCAAGCAAGUGAGUUAUGUAGCCAAACGCAAUGUGCGCAGGAGAGGAAGCAGUACGAGGUCGGGUGCAAGUUCACGUGGAACAUCGACACGAGCCAGUACAGGAUAACGGACGUGCUGCCUAUGGAGGAGGUAAAGCCCGAGUCGUGGAAGCCGACCAUCACGAACAUACCGAAUUUUCGUAGCCAGCUAUGGAAUCCGACCCGCCGUUUGGCUACGCAGCUGCGGGAAAAGAUUCAACAGCCGUACGCGCACACGGUGCGCUUCCUUCACAACGAGAUGAGCCUGGCAGGCGAGUCUCUAACCAAGCUCACCGAUCUGGACAAUCUGGUGCAGUUCUACAUAACGCCGAUGGAGUGUUACGUAGAACGUACGAAUGACGCCUUAAUGGAGUGAGGAGAGAUUUGCAGGGAGCCAUCGCACUCUUCAAGUUGCAAACAGUAAUUUAUUUAUCGACAUAAACAAACUCCGCCAUUUUUGCCAAAUACGCUGAGCCGCGGCGUAUAACGUACAUUACAGAAAUGUACUCCGCACUGUUAACAAUGGUUGUGUUAGCAGCGAAGAGUAUCUUCCCCUUUUCUCGAGCGUAAAUAACGGAUGAAACGCAGAGGAAUGUGUAAGCCAUAUAGGACUCGCGCGCUACGUCUUUUUUUUUUUUUAUUAUUGUUAUUAAUUUGUAUUCUCCAUGAACGCUAAGCGGAAUUGAUUCAGUGCGAUGGGACUUGUUCAUAAACUUAGAGGUAUAGAUUUAAAGGUACUAAUUAACGAUACAACGAAGCUCUCGCAAGCGUUUUGCUCCGAUUUGUAAAAUUUACCAGUGUGCUGUAUACUAUACAUUGACGCUAUCUACGCUAUCAUGGUAACUACUGUACUUUGGUAACUAGUAGAUAUAGGUGACUAAACUGAUUGUCAAUAAAUAUAUUGUAAUGUGAAAAA